UCUACACAAUGCAUUCUAUCUCGCACAUGACAUCCUGUUGCGACCUUUCAGUGGCCUCUGCUUCAACCCGCUGUCACGUGGCCUUGAAAUGCUGAAAAUUGAUCCAGGCAAGUUCUCAUUUGUUUGUUUUAUUGUUGCUUUUUUUACAUGCGCAGACAGGAAGCGCAGCCACACAGAAGCUUAUUACUAAGCUUGCUGUUUCAAGAACUUGAUCUCCCGGAGAGUUAAGCUGGUCUAGUUGGAAAACCCAAUUGCUCUCUACACAAUGCAUUCUAUCUCGCACAUGACAUCCUGUUGCGACCUUUCAGUGGCCUCUGCUUCAACCCGCUGUCACGUGGCCUUGAAAUGCUGAAAAUUGAUCCAGAUAUUCUCGUUUAAAAAUUGAAAAUGGCAAAAGUUAUGAAAAGACCAAGGUAUGCGGAAAUGAAUGGCAUACUUUAUCCAGAGAUGUUUUCUCCGAAAUGCUUCAAGGAAGCUUUGGAAUACAAGCCUGAACGUGGCGAUGUUUUUAUCUGUACGUAUCCCAAAUGUGGCACUACAUGGAUGCAGAACGUUGCCAUGUACAUCUUUCGUAAAGGAAAAGAGAUAGAAAACCCAUAUGAAUUCUUAAAAUUUGCACCUUUUAUUGAUUUGCUUGGAAAUGAAGGGAUUUAUGGCAUGCCUAGACCAGGAGCAUUCAAAACUCAUUUGCCUUACUCUCACAUGCCAUUUUCUCCUGAAGCAAAAUAUAUUUUUGUCGCCCGAGACCCUAAGGAUUGUUGCGUCUCUUUUUACUACCAUGCCAGGAACCAGCCGGGUUUCGGAUUCUGGGAUGGAGAAUUUGAUGAUUUUUUCGAACUCUUCAUGGCAGGUGAACUGGAAUACAAUGACUAUUUCGAUCACCUCUUAGACUGGUAUCCUCAUCGAAAUGAUCCAAAUGUGAUCUACACCACGUAUGAAGAUAUGAAGAGGGAUAUAAAAGCCAUAAUCUUAAAACUUGCAAAAUUUCUUGGACAGGAAUACAUAGAAGCUAUUGAGAAAGAUAAUGCUGUUCUUAACAGCAUUAUACAAUACAGUGGAUUUGAUUACAUGAAAAAAAAGCUGUCUGAAGUCUAUGAUUUAAAAGAAGAAGAAUGCAGCUCACAACCAAUGUAUGAAGGUUUGAAAUACAUGGCUCAGUUCACUGCUUCCUUGAAACCUCCGGACGAUCUUCCAGAAUUGCAAUUUGUCCGGAAGGGUAUUGUAGGAGAUUGGAAAAACCAUUUAUCUCCUGGACAAACUGAAAGACUGAAUAGGAAAUUUUUGGAGAAGUUGAAAGAUACUGAGGUAUUACAGUGGUAUCCGCUUGAAUAAUUUUUUACAUAUCUAAAUGUAAAACAUUUUAAGAGAAGUUAUGAAUUUGAAUGGAAUAAAAUGAAGGAAUGGUAAUAUAUUUCGUUCCGAAAUCACUUCAUUUUAACUUCUCAAUAUGGAAACAUAGGAUCGAAUUAGUAUAAGAGGAAAUCAUGUAAUUUCUUUUACUAAUAAAACAGAAAUAUUACUUUUUUUGCUUAUAUAGUUACUUGAAAAUAAAACGAAUUUUGAUAUUGAAACCACUGUAAAUGCAAGACCAUAUCAUUUUUUAAUGCAAUAACUGUAGUUUGCGUUUUCUGUAUCUUUGAUCUAA